ACUCUUGAUUUUUUCCAAAUUAUCACCAAAAAAACAUUGUAAACGAAAUCAAAAUGUUCAAAUUAAUAACUCUUGUUAGCAUGAUUGCUUUUGUUUCCGGUCAUGGAAGCAUGACUGAUCCAAUCAAUCGUAGUUCUCUUUGGCGUGUAGACCGUUCUGCUCCUGCUAAUUAUGACGAUAAUGGUCUAAACUGUGGUGGUUCCUGGGCUCAACAUGGCACCUACAAAGGGAAGUGUGGAGUAUGCGGGGACAAAUAUGGCCUCCCUCAUCCACAACCAAAUGAAAACACUGGGAAAUACGGCGGUGGAAAGAUUGUCAAAACCUAUUCAUCCGGACAACUUAUUGAUGUAGAAGCAGUCAUCACAGCUAAUCAUCUGGGUAACAUUCAAUACCACAUUUGCAAGAUCACAAAUUCAAACCUUCCGGAGUCGGGUGAAGAAUGUUUUAAACUGUUGCCAUUUGCUGAUGGUAGUGAUAAAUUAAUCAUUAAAUCAACACAUAGAGUUGUGAAGAGCAAAGUUCAGCUGCCUAAAGGUCUUAAAUGCAACCAUUGUGUCCUGAGAUGGACUUACACUGCCGGCAACAAUUGGGGAAGAUGCCCUGACGGUUCAGGAAAAUUGGGUUGUGGACCUCAGGAAACAUUCAGAUCAUGCGCAGACGUUGCUAUUGUUUAAAUUAUUCCUACAAGAUUGUUAUAAACAUUUUAGUUAUUGUUACGUUUGUUAUUAUUGCAAAGGCAUUGCAAGUUAAAUUUAUUAGAUAAAUAAAUAGAUUUAGAAUAGAGCAUCAA